UGUUAGUGUUAGUGCUGUUUCGUGAGAACUUUUUCUGCUAGGGGUAUUAUAAUAGUGUGAUAGUACUGUAUUUUUAUUAGUUUAAAGUAUCGUUUAAAAUGGCGGUGAAUGUUGAUACUGGUGGGAAAGAAGAGUUAAAGACUCAAUUUGUUACUAGAGAAGGCAUUUAUCGAUUAAUAACGUUAUCAGAAUAUUCAAGACCUAAUCGUGUUGGAUACACUAACAUGCAAGGAAGCACAUCUGUGCGAGUGUCAUUCGUCAACUUGCCGGACCCUAGUGGCAAUGGUGACAGAAUAUGUUUUAAUAUUGGUAGAGAGCUGUACGUCUUUAUUUACAAAGGUGUCAAAAAGGCUGCUGAUUUGACCAAACCUGUUGACAAAAAGAUGUACAAAGGCACAAGUCCAACAUGCCAUGACUUCAAUACAGUAACAAUGACACCAGAAACAGUGUCCCUUCUGGUGGGAUUUUCAACCGGACAGGUUCAAGUCAUAGAUCCCAUCAAGAAAGAGAUCAACAAGCUGUUCAAUGAAGAAAGACUUAUAGACAAGACAAAAGUGACUUGUAUCAAGUGGGUGCCAGGAUCCCCAAAUCUGUUCCUAGUAUCUCAUGCAAGUGGACAACUUUACUUGUACAAUGAAGAGAUGGUAUGUGGAACGUCACAACCACACUACCAGACAUUUAAACAAGGAGAUGGCUAUUCAAUCCAUACUUGCAAAACCAAGGUGUCUCGCAACCCCCUUUAUAGGUGGGUUAUCGGGGCAGAAGGUUGUAGUAUUAACGAGUUUGCGUUCUCACCGUGCGGGCAAUAUCUAGCUGUAGUUUCACAGGAUGGUUUUCUCAGAGUAUUUCACUACGAUACAAUGGAACUGGUCGGUGCUGCGAGAAGUUAUUUUGGAGGAUUUUUAUGUGUGUGUUGGUCCCCAGAUGGCAAGUAUGUUGUUGUCGGGGGUGAAGAUGAUUUAGUUACUGUUUGGAGUUUUUUUGAAAAAAGAGUUGUUGCAAGAGGUCAAGGUCAUCACAGUUGGGUCAGUGUUGUUGCUUUUGACCCAUUUACUACUUCCCUAGGACAUGAUGCAAGUGAUGCCAUUUGUGGAUCAGAUGACGAAUUUAGUCACGAGUGUAAUAAAAGAAUUUCUACAUCCUCUGAAUGUAACAGGUUAGAAUCCCCCAUCUGUUACCGGUUGGGAUCAGUAGGCCAAGACACACAACUUUGUUUGUGGGAUAUUACAGAAGAUGUUUUGCGACAACCAAUAUGUCCGAGAACCAGACAUCAUAACACCGGCUUUUCUGUCACAGGAAAUGGCUCAGCAGGUGGAAGUAGUUUAGGAGGCAAAUGCAAUAACUUACAGACUAAUUCCAUUCACAACAAAGAUAAAGAAAACCUCCAAGAAAGUAAUUCUCACAGUCCACCUCCCUCUUUCACACAAAGACUAGUUGGAGGUUUGGGUGGGUUCGGUGACCGAAAAGAUAGUAGUAGUAAUCAAAAACGCAAUUCUUCCAGGAAUUCUGGAUUGACUCCUACACCUCAUACUUCUGCUGAUGACCCUAUGAGACUUAUUGGAACAAGUGCUUGUCCUCGAUUUGAUGAGUGUCCUUUACUUGAACCUUUAGUUUGUAAAAAGAUAGCACAUGAACGUCUAACAGCACUUGUGUUCAGAGAAGAUUGUUUUGUGGCUGCCUGUCAAGAUGGAUAUGUGUAUACUUGGGCGAGACCUGGAAAACUGGUUAGCAAUAACUUGAUGUCAAACUGUAUCGACAGCAAAGACUUGUGACAUUGUUGUAUGUCCAACUAAUACCAGGGUGGGAUCAUCACCAUCAUUGGAGACACCAUAGUCUAGAACCUUGCUCAAUGCAUUCCAAUGGCUCCAGGAAUACCAACAGUUGCCUUCCUGGACACUCACCAAUCUUGUUUAUUGUUAAAGAUGUCAUUGUAUAGAUUUGGUUGAACAUUCAUUGUGCCGAGUGAUAUGUUUUUUCUUCAAAAUAAAAAUAUUUCAAGGCUCUAUGCCAUGUCACUCACAGAAACUUGACUUGUUGAAUAAUUGGUUAAUAUUUAUAAAUCAGUUAUUAUUAAUAGUAAUAUUGUAUAGAGAUAUAUGUAUUUAAUAUAUUUUUAUCUUUAAACCCGUGUAUGAUUUAUUUUAAGUGACAUAAUUUAUUAUUGUUUAAAUCAUUGAGCGCUGUGGACUAAGUCAAAUUUGUAUUGUUGGUUAGUUUUGUAUCCAUUAUUAUUAUAUUGAUUGUUACAAAUUAUUGUGUUAAUUAUUAUAAAUUAUUUAACUUGUGUUCCUAAAAAUUAAUCUUUAAUCAUAGUUUUCCUAUGCAGUUAUUAUUCCCACAUUUUUACUUUUUGUGUAGUAAGAAAACUUAAAAGGGAUCACUCUUAUUAUGCAUUGGAAACAGUAUGUAUAAUCUAAUGUCGUAUGAAUAUAUGAAUAUAGGAUUUUGUACACAUUGACAGUUAAUAAAACCAAAGCAUUAAUCAAAUACAGAACCAACAAA